AGUGGUUCUUGGUCAGAUGCAGGGUGUGUGCGAGAUGGUUGGCUGUUCAAGCCUGUGUGUGUUGUCGUGGACACCUGGUGGCCAGGAAAGACUUCCUGGGUGUCCCGUAAGGCUUGCUGACCUGUCUCUCUCACGGAUGGCCUAGGAAUGCUGCUCUGGCCGCCACAGACUUCUCCACCCAGGUGAACUCCUCGUCCCUGAACUCGCCGCCAGGGCGUGGCUCCAUGGCUGCCCCCUCGCUGCACCCCUCCCUGGGGCCCAGCCUCGGCUCCUCGCUGGGCUCCCCAGGGCAGCUGCACUCGCCCAUCAGCACCCUGAGCUCCCCCAUCAACGGCAUGGGCCCGCCCUUCUCGGUCAUCAGCUCCCCCAUGGGCCCUCACUCUAUGUCGGUGCCCACCACACCCACCCUGGGCUUCGGCGCAGGCAGCCCCCAGCUCAACUCGCCCAUGAACCCUGUGAGCAGCAGCGAGGACAUCAAGCCCCCUCUGGGCCUCAACGGUGUCCUCAAAGUCCCGGCCCACCCCUCAGGGAACAUGGCGUCCUUCACCAAGCACAUUUGUGCCAUCUGCGGGGACCGUUCCUCAGGCAAGCACUACGGGGUGUACAGCUGUGAGGGCUGUAAGGGCUUCUUCAAGCGGACAGUGCGCAAGGACCUGACCUAUACCUGCCGGGACAACAAGGACUGUCUGAUCGACAAGCGGCAGCGGAACCGGUGCCAGUACUGCCGCUACCAGAAGUGCCUGGCCAUGGGCAUGAAGCGGGAAGCCGUGCAAGAAGAGCGCCAGCGGGGCAAGGACCGCAACGAGAACGAGGUGGAGUCCACAAGUAGCGCCAACGAGGACAUGCCAGUGGAGAAGAUUCUGGAAGCUGAGCUGGCCGUCGAGCCCAAGACUGAGACAUAUGUGGAGGCAAACAUGGGGCUGAAUCCCAACUCGCCCAACGACCCUGUCACCAACAUUUGCCAAGCAGCGGACAAGCAGCUCUUCACCCUUGUGGAGUGGGCCAAGCGGAUCCCACACUUCUCUGAGCUGCCCCUGGACGACCAAGUUAUCCUGCUGAGGGCAGGCUGGAACGAGCUGCUCAUUGCCUCCUUCUCCCACCGGUCCAUCGCCGUCAAGGACGGGAUCCUCCUGGCCACGGGGCUGCACGUCCACCGGAACAGCGCCCACAGCGCAGGGGUGGGCGCCAUCUUCGACAGGGUGCUGACGGAGCUUGUGUCCAAAAUGCGGGACAUGCAGAUGGACAAGACGGAGCUGGGCUGCCUGCGCGCCAUCGUCCUCUUCAACCCUGACUCUAAGGGGCUCUCAAACCCAGCGGAGGUGGAGGCUCUACGGGAGAAGGUCUACGCGUCCCUGGAGGCGUACUGCAAACACAAGUACCCCGAGCAGCCGGGGAGGUUCGCCAAGCUGCUGCUGCGCCUGCCGGCCCUGCGCUCCAUCGGCCUCAAGUGCCUGGAGCACCUUUUCUUCUUCAAGCUCAUCGGGGACACGCCCAUCGACACCUUCCUCAUGGAGAUGCUGGAAGCCCCCCACCAAAUGACUUAGGCCCGCCUGCUGGCCAGACCUUCGUGCCCACUGGCCCGGCUGCCCUGCCUGGCCGCCGGCUGCUCUUCUCGGCUGAGCCCCGUCCCCGCCCCUUCUCUGCCUGGCCCGGCAGGCCUGGGGUACAGCCUGUCACUGCUAAGCCUAAGACGUAUCGCCACCCUUUCUACUUCACUGCCACUCAUCUUUGGACCCUGGUGGUGGCUUUCCCGGGGCGGCAGCCGGGGUGGCAAGGACUCGGCGAGCCCCAGCCGGGCCUAUCGGGCUCUUCGGGAGCCAGGGCUUUCCCUCCUGGCCCAGGCCCAGAGCUGCAGCCCCCCAAAAGGGUGGCUUUGUUUUGGUCGCUGUUCAUUGUUCCCCGUGUGGCCUCUUCUGUUCGGAGCGCCGCCCCCUCACCCACCUGGCUGGCCCAGCCCCACACAGGAUCCGGAGGAGGGGGCAGGUCGGGGGCUGGUGUCUGGUGUCUGCUAGCUGCCCUGGGAAGAGGAGGGGUCUCUGGGGCUUCCCUCCCCUCAGACUGAGGGUGAGCAGCCCCUUUCCCAAAGGUGACUUGUGCUUUUUCCCCAUCACUGGCCAGAACAGGAGCUGACCUCUCUGCAGGCUUGGGGGUUCACCUCGAGGUUGCAGGGACUGGGGCCACCCACCCACCUUGGUUUUCUCGUUGCAUCACCCUGGUUUCCACCUUCCCCGCCUCGGGGACCCAUCUAGUGCCAGGCAGCCGGGCCAUAGUGUCCUGCCUCUCCUCAACCCCAGAGCUUCCCUUCAGGCUGUGAGGAAGGCCAAGGCUCACCCCUGGUUCCUAGAGGUCCAGCCUGGUCUCUGGCCCUCCUGGAAACACUCAGGUGUGCCAGCAGGGACUCUGCUGGCCUGUCAUGGGCAGAGGCCACCCCCCGAGGCGGGACUCACAGGGGUGCGAGGGGAGGAGUGCGGCUCUUCCCAGCGGGUCUUCAAGCAGCUGCCCACUCAGAGGGAAGCUGGGGCCUGCAGCAGGCGAGGGCCAGAGGGACUUGUGGGCACCUGAGCCAGGUGGGGAGGGGGCAGAUGGCACCACAUCAUGGUGCUCUUGGUUGAGAGGCCUCCUUUGCUGGCUGGCCGUUCUGUUGAGAAGAGUCUGGGAAUAGGGAAUGGUUGAGAGCCAGCAUCCUUGGGGACAGCCAGCCCAGCUGUUAUCUUGUCUGGUGACAAACUCCACUGGACAUCUCUGUUUGAAGGCACCCCGUCCAGCCCAGUGUGUGUCUGCAGCAUUUUGACCUAACCCAGGCCUCCUGGGGCGUGUGCCUGGGGCCCAGGGGAGCGGGCUCGGUGGGGCUGGCCCAGCUCUCCUGCACUGUCAUGCCGCCGUGUCCAAGUGCUUUCCGUCUUCAUGCCUCGUACCCAGGGGACUGGCAUUUGUCUGCAGUGGACCCUGAGCAGAGAUGGUGCAGGGGUGCGGGCUGGGGCCCUGUGCUCUCAGCCUGAGGGAUGUUCCACAGCAGCAGGCCUCCCUCGUGCCCCCCACCAGCAGCCCUGGAUGGGUGGAGAUGCCCUCCCAGAGGCUGUUUUCCCAGCUGGUAAUGGCACCUGUGGGGCUGGGCAGCGAGGGGUAGGCCUCCAGGCCCCCCUGGGGAAGGAAGUGUCCAUUCUUUGCCUCCAGAGCCCCAGCUGAGCUGAACCUGAGGCACCAGGCAGAAGCUAAGACUCCGCAAACACCUGACCACACCACCCGUACUGAGCAGUGGCUGAAGACAGGCUUUCCUGCCACUCAGGCGCUGCCCUCCCCCGUCACUGGCUGAGGCGGAGAUGGGCGUGCCCAGCGGUCCCCUCUCCAAGGGUUUCCCCAAAAGUCUCGGGAGCCUUUGGGGCAUGGCUGUGACAGGCAGAGAGACAAGGCCCUCUCAGGACUCACUGAUGGAGGCCCCUGGCUGUGGGGACACCAGGCUGCCCCACACCCAACACCCCAGGUGCCUUCUGUAGCCAGACACCAUCGUCCCCGCCCUGCUCCGUCCGAAUGAGGGCGGCCCCAAUGGAGAAAACCCAGAGUUGGGGCCGUGUUGGGGGGUCAGCGCCUUGGGCACGUAGCCUGUAGGGCCCUGGCUGGCUGUCACAAAGCGCUGAGGCCCCCAGGCCACCAGCUUCUAAGCCAGAGAUGCCUGUCCGCACCCUGAGAGUCACGGGCCGCCCUCCCCCUGUGCCUGUCUGCUGUCCUUAAUGCAUACGAUGCUGUCUGGAAAGGUGAUACAUGGGAAAUGGCACCUGACUCGGUAGAGAGGUAGGAUUUUUUAUUUAACCAGACCGUUAGUCAUAUUACCAAUCUGGUUCAAUUAAGGUGAUUUUUUGUAAUUAUUAUUAUAUUAUUAUUAUUUCGGUGGGACAAUCUUUAAUUUUCUAAAGAUAGCACUAACAUCAGCUCAUUAGCCACCCCGUGCCCACCUCGCCUCUGCCCGGCUGGAUGCUUCCUGGGCCCCACGCCUGCCAGCGCCUCUGGCACUUCUCGGCGGGGUCCCCUUCCUUCUGGGACACCCAGGUGGGGCUCCCGUGGCUGAGGAACGGAGGUGACUAUGUCCUGUGUUUGGAAGGUGUUGGUAAAGCCAGGCUCCAGCUUGCUUCUCCUGCUAGGUAUCUCCUUGGAAGCUGGCCUGCCCGGGGACAUUCACCGAGAUGGCCCCUGUGUCAGCUGGGUGGCCCCUGUCACCUGGAAGCACUCGGUCUCCGGGGAAAGACGGCCCCACACCCACGUUUUCCGAGUCUCGGCGUUCCCAAAGGGUUUGGGCUGGCGGGCUGGCAGCUAGUGCCGGAGACCGUGCUGGAGCCCCCUCUUCCAGGGGGCCCCCCUGCAAGCCUGGCCGGAUAUGCAGCCGGUGGGUAAUCAGCUGAUGUUGUCCCCAUCAUGGAAUUCGGGCACAUGGCCUGGCCCUGCCCGGGCAGGUGUGUGGUGUAAAAUAUAUGUGCUGUACAGAGAAACUGCGUGCACAGAGCUGCACGCUGUCAACACAGUGCACAUGUAGCAGUUACCAAUGUUUUGUGUUUAUUUUUAAUCAAGACUUUUCCUGUUUUCCUAUAAAUUUGCUUCAUGUAAGCAAGUACAUAAGGACCCCUCCUUUGGUGAAAUCCGGGUUCGAGUGAAUAUCUCCAGCAAGGAGAUGCAUCUAUUUUAAGAUGCUUCGGAGCAAGUAGUAGCUUUCGCAGUUCCCAGUCCUUAGCCACACCUUAGCUGGGCCGCCUAGCUGACACUUUAGAGUCUGACAGAUACAGAGAGUAAAGAUGAGAGGAAACGUCUAAAGCAUCAGGAAAGGUAAAGAAAUCUAUUUUUGUACAAAUGUAAUUUUAUCCCUCAUGUAUCCUUGGAUGGCAGAGCGGGAAGGGGCUUGUUUCUGCUGCUGGACGCCGAGGACACCCUCUCAAUGGGACGCCGACCGACAGCCAGGCGGGGCUCCGGGCGGCGCGCCGCUCCCCUCUGGCCAGGAGGGGGGCCCCCGCCACUUUCAAGGGUUUUCUACCCCUUUCGAGUAAUUUUCAAGCCUCGCUGUGUUGUGUCGCUGUUGCCAGCCAGCCUUCCGCGACUCUGACUGUGAGAUCACUUCCCUACGGCUGUUCUCUGAAGCGGCGUGGCCGCGGGCGCCCGGGACUGUCGUGCGGCGGCGUUGGAAGUGUGGGAAAGAAACAGGAACGCGAGGGGGAGCAAACAAAGCAUGAGCGUCCAAAAAUACACCACCGUUCGGCUCUCA